AUGGGCGAACCUGGGCCACUGGGAACCGCUAUUCAGAUAAAGAAAGAACUGCGUCCGAAUCAGUAUUCGGCGAUACCCGUCGAUUCGCUGGGCUACGAAGUCAACACCGACGCCUUUAGCCGCUACCUCCCUACCCCCGCAGCGAACUCCCAUAUCAGAACGGCACUGCUGAACACCCCGUCCUUUCAAGAUGCACAAGUCGCCGUAAUUGGAACCACAAAAACCGGAUACGUGAUCCGGUUCAAGGACUCGGAGUCAGCCGAGACAGCGCGCGACAACAUCGAAUGGUUGAACGAGCUAGGCAACAAGACGAGACUGGUGAAACCGCGAUUCGGAAUCGCCGUGCACCAUGUCCCUACACAAGGGUUGGAUCUCGAGAGGAACAAAAUAGCGGCAAUUAAGAAGAUCUCGGACGAAAACGACCUCCAGGAACGCGGUUUCCGAAUCGAGGAUAUCGCCUGGCUGAAGAAAAGGGACAAGAUGCUAGGGACAUUCGCCUCAAUAGGCAUAUGGUUCGACUCAGCACAAGCGGCACAAUGGAUGCUCGAUAACGGCCUUCUGAUCGACCAACGGUAUAUCGGAAGGGUGGAGAAAUGCGAAAUCAAGAAGAGGCGGUGCUUCCGCUGCCAGGGGUGGGUCACCUCGCAUGGUCGUGCAAAGAAGUCCCCCGAUGCGGCCACUGCGGCGGCCAACAUGAAUGAGCACGGUGCCCACCGGGUAUUAGAGCGUACUUUUUGGACUACCGUAGGGACCAUCCCACUGGGGAGCCCCUCUGCUCGAAACCGGCCAACUCACCCCCCUCACAAUGUUGGGGCAUAA